UAACUAAUCAGAACGUGCCACGUCAUGAGGAAGAGGACUCGCGUCGUUCAUGAAAAGUUUCGAACAACUUAGGAAUUUCACUUCAACGUUAAAAAAAGAAAUAUUAAAGAGAGAGAAGAGGAAAUGCUAUGAAUCUCUCUUAUCUCACUCGCUUCCCCGAGCGUCUUGUUGCUCCACUUUGUGCCACAGUUCCCACUACUACAAGGAGCAAUAUUGCGGAAAAUUUUGCAAUUGAAGGGCGUAAUCUGAAUUUCUCAUUCACGACGAGGGGAACACAGGAUGUGCCAGUUCUGAGGGAUUGUUCAAUUCGCAUUCCUUGUGGGCAGUUUUGGAUGCUUCUUGGACCCAAUGGCUGUGGAAAAUCUACUCUAUUGAAGGUUUUGGCUGGUCUGUUGAACCCAACUUCAGGAACAGUGUAUGUGAAUGAGCCUAAAAGUUUUGUUUUCCAAAAUCCAGAUCAUCAGGUGGUAAUGCCUACUGUAGAUGCAGACGUUGCAUUUGGUCUUGGUAAGAUCAAUUUGACCCAUGAUGAAGUCAGAUCUAGGGUGUCAAAAGCAUUACAUGCUGUAGGCCUGUCUGACUACAUGAAGAGAUCUGUCCAAACUCUGAGUGGUGGUCAGAAGCAAAGGGUUGCAAUUGCUGGUGCUCUUGCUGAAGCUUGUAAAGUUCUGUUGCUGGAUGAGCUCACAACAUUCUUAGAUGAAACUGACCAGGUUGGGGUUAUCAAAGCUGUUAGGAACUCUCUGGAUACCUCUGCAGAAGUUACAGCAUUAUGGGUCACACAUCGUCUGGAAGAACUAGAAUAUGCAGAUGGUGCCAUCUACAUGGAGGAUGGGAAAGUUGUCAUGCAUGGAGAUGCCUCUACCAUUAGGAGUUUUAUUGAAGCCAGGCAAUCUGCCUAUAUUAAGCAGAUUAAUUCUUAAGUAUUUUUCAUUUCUGAAAUUGGUUUCCCGUUAGGCAUUGAAAACUAUACUUAUAUGAUUGAAAGGUUACAUAAUAGUAUCUCAUUUCUUUUUUCCUUUUAAAAAAUCUCAAAUUAUGAGAGUAAUUAUUAAUAAUACAAAAUUUUGUCCCC